CCCGUCCCUCGACGCGUUGUUAUUGGUCGAGGGAUUUGAGGCGAUCGGGCGAGAGCGCGGCGCGGGGCGGGCAGAGAGAUGGGGCACUCGAACGUCUGGAACUCGCACCCCAAGAACUAUGGACCUGGUUCUCGUGUUUGCCGAGUUUGUGGGAACCCCCAUGGACUGAUCAGGAAGUAUGGACUUAUGUGUUGCAGACAGUGCUUCCGCAGCAACGCCAAAGAAAUUGGCUUUAUUAAGUACCGCUGAAGAUGUUUGCAUUAUUCGAGAUGGAGCCUGCAGGAUGGAGCUUGUCUCAGAAGUUUGUUACUGAACUCCAUUAAUGUGAUCCUAUGAAUUUUGUUUACCUAUUGAACUUUUUGAUUUAGUUGGAACUUAACAUAGUGAUCUGAAUCACAUUGACUUGUUAUGGUUGUUGAUGUCAUUUCUCCAGUUGUCCCAUUUCAUUCUUCUCAUGCUUGAACUGCCGCCAUAUCUGUUUAAUUCUAUGCAUAUUUUUUUUGUAGAAAUGAAAUACAUGCAUGUUUCAAUGUUGUAUAA